AUGCGCGAGUCCAAUUUUGCCUUUCCAGCACAAAACAAGGCAUGUGUAUGUAUAACAUCUCAACUCUACGAUAGGCGGGCGUUGGAUACAACGUCGCCAUUGCCACUCUUCAACUCACUCACACAUCUUACGUAUCUCACCUCGACGUCGCCCAGGAUCCGCGAGAUCAUGACCAUGGACGGCGGGCUCGAGCGGCUUGUGCGGAUCCUGCACGAGUUUUGCAUAUGCCCACCGCCCCCCGAGAACCCAGCCAUCCUGUACGGGCUAACGCCGCCCAAUGCGAGACUGGCGAAGCUGAGCCCGGCAUUGAACCCGCAUUCGUUCGACAAGCAUGCAGCGUACCGCUUCUCGCUGGCGUUCCAGUGCAUCGUCAACAUCGGCGUCAGAGGGAGCGAGCCGAUCAGGAGCCGCGUGGUGCAGGCGGGCACGCUCGAGGUCGUGGGCUGCAUCUUGGAGGCGUGGCUGGCUAAUAAGGGGUUUGCGGUUGGUCCGAGCUCGAGUGCGACGGGGAUCCCACGGGAAACGAGAGAGCAGAGGCAGCAGCGGCGCAUUGCACAGAUGGAGCACCGCCAGCGGGAGGAUGCAGCGCAUUUGCAGAGGGCAUUGCAGAGGCAGCUCAUGGUCGAGCAGAUGCAACAUCGGACCGCGAAUGAGACUCAGCGCCAGCGUGUGCGCCAGGGGCGACCAUCUGACGAGCAGGAUGAUUUAAUGGACUACUCCCCCGCUGAAGGCUCAAUGAGCCAUAUCCUCCUCCUAUCCGAGUCACACUCGCAGCCAUCCAACUCAAACAGCGACACCGACGUAUCUACAGACAACUCAAUGGCAGCAACACCACAAGGUUCAGGCACACCCACUGGAUCCGUCGUUAUUCCCAGCAGAGAUCGCAGUGGCACUAUCAUCGCCCGGCCCAUCUGGGACAAUCAGACCGCAGGGCCAGCAACAGCCCCAACAGCAACAGCAACCACAGCACCCCCGGCAACAGCCAUGGCGCUCGCAGCAAGCACUACCGUGCGUGGGCGACGCACGCGGCACCGCGAGCUUCCCCCCGAAUCCCCAUCUGCCUCAACAGACAUCUCGCGCGCCGAGACUGAGACAGAAGACGAUAUCGACGUUGAUAAUGAUGUGGACAUGGACAUUGACCGCCACCGUAUUGACUCCGAUGUUGCAUCUGCAUCUGCAUCACCCUCGCCAGAGAGGCGACCACGGGGCGUUGUUGUUCCUGUGCCUCGGCAUAACAUGGGUCGGCGUGCUGUAGGUAUUGUGUCCGAUGAACCAAACGCAGGCCCACAGACUCUCCAGGUCGGUGGGCUCGGGCUUGAUACCGAUGCACAUAUCAUUAUCAAUGAAGCCGGAGGCGUUGUUGGAGACGGAGGCGUGGGUGUCGGUGUUGAGGUCGGAGUCGAAGAUGGGAUUGUAUCUUUAGAACCAAACGACGAUUUCGCGAUGGGUGCACCCCCCGGCGCCCCAGGAGCAAUUAUCGGUGCAGAGGGUGCAACGCCACGGGUGCUUAAUCUUAAUGCAAUGGAUGGUGGCGCAGGUGGAAAUGCAGGCGAAAGGAGACGGAGAGGAAAUACAGUAGAUGCGCCUGAUGUUACACCCCGCGCGGCCCUUGUCGGUCUACCUAUGAUGGCUGGGGCGGCAACGAUACCUGCUGGGACAACUCGUGCGACCCAGGGUGGUGCCCAUGCACACGCACACCAUCGUACUGCUACGAUCCGCGGUCGCCCUGCACCUACUGCCGCCGAGGCCACAGCAGGAACUGGAACAACUACAGCAGCUACCGGCGCUGGUACAGGAGCAGGAACUACAGCGACUGUUCCAACAGCGGCACAAACAGCCGCUGCAAACCUCGCGGCCGCACUAGGCGGUGUCGGUCUUGGGGGUGGUGUGGGUGGUGGGCAGCGGGCGGGCAGCAGUAGCCACCAUCAUCGCGAUGCAGAUUCGGGGCCGUACCGUGACGAGGAUGUGCUCCUGAGCCUGCAGCUCCUUGCAUACCUUUCGAAAUACCCACACGUGCGCCAGGCAUUCUACAAGCCCCGUGUGACAUUUCAUCCCGCGAGCGUCAAUCUUCCUGGGGCUAGGUUUGGUGUGGGUGUACCUGCGGGGUCAGGGGCGAGUACGAGGGAGAGGAGGGAGAGGGAGAGGGUUGUUGCGGGUGCGCCUUCGUCUUCAUCAGCCUCGGUAACAACAGCUGGUGCGAGCUCAAGUACAAGUACGAGUCCGACAGCGUCUACGUCACAAAACGGCUUUUUCAGAGCCUUCACCAAUGCCGCCUCAAGCAAUAGCCGAGGCAAAACAUCAUCUUCCACCCCUUCCACUUCUACGCCCUCCUCUUCCACAUCUGCCGCUGCAAUGGCCUCCUCCUCCAGCGCUUCCAACGUUAAUUCGCAACAAACACCCGUAGUAUCUAGUACUGCAGCGAGCACAGGCGCGCCUUCAUCUGCGAAGCAGACGAAUGUAUUUUCACUCGUGGAGAGGUUUACGUUCAAACCGAGUUCGACUGAGACUGACCUGCCAAACCCCCCGCCCAGGCUUCCACCAGAGAUCCAGUACUGGGCGGGUGUGAUUAUGCGGAACGCGUGUAGAAAGGAUGAUAGCAGGGGUGGAAUUCGGCAGUGUGCAAAUAUGAUGUGCGGGAAAUGGGAAACCUACCCUCGAGAAUUCGCCAAAUGCAGACGAUGCAGAAAAGCCAAAUAUUGUGGGAAGGAGUGCCAGAGCACAGCCUGGAGCGAAGGGCACAGGUUCUGGUGCAGUGCGAAGGAUGUAGACGAGGACAAUCUGGGAGAACAUGCACACGCGCAUGGGUCAUCUGCUACGAGUACGACGGUUGCUCCGACUGCAUCACAGAGUGUUGGUGUGGGCGUGGGUAAUGAUGCUGCAGGCGGAACAGUUAGGAUUGCAAUUGAACAUGGGACUGAGGGGAACGGAAACGUACCUAUCAUCAAUGGGAACACGCCACGGGUAGAACGGCGGCAACGAGAGAGGGAAAGGGAGCGCGAAAGAAUUCAUGGUACUGGUGGAGAUGGCGAUGGAACAACGACAACGGCUGCAGUGACACGAGGGUAUAGACCUGGGGGUGUAUCUGCAUCGACGUCGCCGUCUGCACCAUACGUCACUCCCACGACAUCGACGACGACGGCAGCGAUGGGCGUUGCUGGUCCUUCGCGGGUGGCUGCAACCACGAGUCAGCAGACGGUCGGUAUGAGUGUUUCGCCGCGCGCAGAGGCGAGCGGUAUGGCGCGCGAUCGAACAGUGCAGCCGAAUGCGCCGCAUGUGCGGCCGCGGCCCGUUCCUACAAUGCGCCCGCCUCUCACACAGGCGCAAUUACAGCAGCAGGCACAGGACCCGACGAACACGAGUUAUCUGACGUUCCACAUCCAAGGAGCUGGGCCUUCAAACCACCAACAUCAUGUGCAGGCGCAACCUCAAGAUCAGAACGUUCGCAGGCGCGCAGAAACAAUCACUGGUGCGACGGCGUCGAGCCACCACCAGCAACAUCGUACUGCUGUGGAAGUUGCGCCGAAUGUUGUUAUUCCGCCACCGCGGUCGUAUGUUCACGCUUCAGUAUCUCCUACGACGACAGAUUGGCCGAUGGGAGGAUCAUCUCCUGCUCCACCAGAUGUGUCGAUGAGGGCGGAUGCGGGGCCGUCAAGGCGGCAUCGACUGGUGAACAUUGCUAGCCCGCGAUCGCCUACAGACGAUGGACAGGAUGAUAUGGUCAUUGGAUAG